AUGUGGUGGUGUGGUGGUGGCAGGGGUAUGAGUGGGGGAGUAGAAGGAGAUGUAGUAGUAGUAGUGGUGUGGCGGUGCGGUACGAGAGCUGCUACUAGGCGAUGUGGAGAGAAUGGAGUCGAUCGGGAGAGGGCGGGGGGUUGA